AGACACGGCGCGCGCGGGACACGGAGCCCACCAUGAUGAAGAUGAUGUUGGUGAGUGGAGGCUCUGUCGUCAAUGCAGAGGCGGUAUGGGAUCAUGUGACCAUGGCGGACCGCGAGCUGGCCUUCAAGGCCGGUGAUGUCAUCAAGGUCUUGGACGCAUCCAACAGGGACUGGUGGUGGGGCCAGAUUGACGAUGAGGAGGGCUGGUUCCCCGCAAGCUUCGUCAGGGUGGACCCCAGCUCCACCCAGGCUCCGACCAAGCAGCAGCUUUUUUACAUCAACCCCGUCGUCGUCCCUCGCUGCACAAACGCCCCGGCAAAGCUGUGGGCGAAUCAGGAGGACAGUGUAGCGGUGGAGCCAGCAGAGGGCAGUAGCGAGGUGCAGAAUGGUCACGCCGAGGCCAGUCCAAACCCCAGCACGGACUGCCUCUGCCUCGGCCAGCCCGCUCAGAACAGAGACCAGAUGAGGGCGAACGUCAUCAAUGAAAUAAUGAGCACAGAGAGACACUACAUCAAACACCUGAAGGACAUCUGUGAGGGUUAUCUGAAGCAGUGCAAAAAGAGAAGAGACUUGUUUAACGACGAUCAGCUGAAAGUGAUAUUUGGGAAUAUCGAGGAUAUUUACAGAUUCCAGCUGGGAUUCGUCAGAGAUCUGGAGAAACAGUUCAACACCGAGGAACCUCAUCUCAGCGAGAUCGGACCCUGCUUUCUGGAACACCAAGAUGGGUUCUGGAUCUACUCUGAGUACUGUAAUAAUCACGUCGACGCGUGCAUGGAGCUGACACGCCUGAUGCGGGAUGGGCGGUACCAGCACUUUUUCGAAGCGUGCCGAUUGGUCCAGCAGAUGAUUGACAUCGCCAUCGACGGCUUCCUCCUCACUCCAGUGCAGAAAAUCUGCAAAUAUCCGCUGCAGCUGGCAGAGCUGCUUAAAUACACUGUACAGGAGCACAGUGAUUACCGGUACGUUGCUGCUGCGUUGGCUGUGAUGCGAAACGUAACUCAGCAAAUUAACGAGCGGAAACGGAGACUCGAGAACAUUGACAAAAUCGCCCAAUGGCAGGCCUCCGUUCUGGACUGGGAGGGUGAGGACGUUCUGGACAGAAGCUCUGAGCUGGUCUACACUGGAGAAUUGUCCUGGAUCUAUCAGCCCUACGGCCGCAGCCAAACCAGAGUCUUCUUCCUGUUUGACCACCAAAUGGUCAUCUGUAAGAAGGACCUGAUCCGGCGCGACAGUCUGUACUACAAAGGCCGGAUCGACAUGGACCGCUACGAGGUCGUGGACGCGAUCGACGGCCGAGACGACGAUUUUAACGUCAGCGUGAAAAACGCUUUCAAACUGAGGAACAAGGACUCGGACGAGAUCCACAUAUUUAUCGCCAAGAAGCUGGAGGAGAAGAUCCGCUGGCUGCGAGCGUUUCACGAAGAGCGCAAGAUGGUGCAGGAGGACGAAAAGAUCGGGUUUGAAAUCUCAGAGUAUCAGAAGAGGCAGGCGGCCCUGACGGUCAGGAGAGUCACCAAACAGAAAGGCGUUGGCCGGUCAGCCCCCCCUGCCUACCCCCCUCCUCUGGACCCCAUGAACCCGGGUCAGUUCCUCCUGCCGGACGGUUACGGCCAGGCGGACGGAUACGAGUACGGACCCAAACGCAGCACAUCUCCCUUCUGGCAGAACAUCAGCCGGUUAGCCCCCUUUAAGAAAUAACGCUAACAGCAGCGCUGAGCCCAGAGAGGAAAGACGGACUGCUGUAUUUUUCUGGAACAAAAACAAACAAGCAAACAAACAAACAAACACACACAU